AAAAAUAACCUUAUACCAACAAACACAAAUAAAUCAUAAAAUAAGAAAAUAAAAUUGAAGAACGGACGAGAAAAAACACCUAAACUUAAUGAAGAAUUCUGCACAAACAAAGACAAAGUUAUCAACAAAAUAUCUUUGACACAACGUCCUCUUUCUGACGCCACUCCACUAGACUAGUCCAACUCUAACUCUCUCUCUCUCUCUCUAUUCAUCUAUAUAACACCGCAAACUCCUUUAAUUUUUAAUGAGCUACUACCUCUCUAUUCACAGCUCAAUCAACCAAAAAUGGACACCCACGCUACCACUUCAACCCCUGAUGAUCUUGAAAAUGCAACUUCUUACACUCUCCUAUCGGACCAAACCCAAUCAACUGGAUCUCCGGCCAAUCAACGCCGACCCAAGAAGGGUCUCACCUGUAUCUUGCUCUCCACAUUGGGUCUGCUGUCUUUGAUCGUUUUGAUCCUUAACCAAGCUACGGUCAAUACCGAUCCACCUUCUUCGAUGUCCUCGCCGGAGACCUUGGAGCUGCCACCUUCGAGAGGGGUAUCAUUGGGAGUGUCGGAGAAGACUUUCCGGCAGUUUUCCGGCGACGGGAAGGUGUACCCGUGGACCAAUGCUAUGUUGUCAUGGCAAAGAACAACCUAUCAUUUUCAACCCCAAAAGAAUUGGAUGAGUGAUCCUGAUGGUCCAUUGUUCCACAUGGGGUGGUACCACAUUUUCUACCAGUAUAACCCGGAUUCUGCGGUUUGGGGCAACAUAACAUGGGGCCAUGCGGUAUCAAAGGACAUGAUCCAUUGGCUCCACCUCCCUUCUGCUAUGGUCCCAGAUAGCUGGUUUGAUUGUAAUGGUGUGUUUUCGGGGUCCGCCACGAUUCUUCCCGAUGGUCAGAUCAUAAUGCUCUACACUGGGGCCACCGGUGAUUAUGUGCAGGUGCAAAACCUUGCGCACCCUGCCAACCUAUCUGAUCCUCUCCUUCGUAAUUGGGUCAAGUAUGCGGGUAACCCGGUCUUAGUCCCUCCACCCGGUAUUGCUCCCAAAGACUUCAGGGACCCGACAACGGCAUGGCUUGACCCCGAUGGGAAAUGGCGGAUCAUAAUUGGGUCAAAGGUUAACACCACGGGCAUUUCGCUAGUGUAUCAAACCACCAACUUCACAAACUAUGAGCUGUUAGAUGGAUUCUUGCAUGCGGUUCCGGGUACGGGCAUGUGGGAAUGCAUGGACUUUUACCCGGUUUUGAUGCCCCGGAAGAAUGGUUUGAACACAUCAGCUAAUGGACCGGGUUUGAAGCACGUGCUUAAGGCAAGUUUGGAUGAUGACAAGCAUGAUUAUUAUGCCCUUGGGACAUAUGAUCCGAUUAGUGGUAGAUGGACACCUGAUAACCCGGAGUUGGAUGUGGGUCUCGGGUUACGGGUGGAUUAUGGGAAGUACUAUGCAUCAAAGACAUUCUAUGACCAAAAUAAGGAUAGGAGGAUCCUUUGGGGUUGGACUGGAGAAACUGAUAGUGAAUAUGAUGAUCUUUUGAAGGGAUGGGCAUCUGUUCAGACCAUUCCCAGGACUGUAUUGUUUGACAAUAAGACCGGAACCAAUUUACUUCACUGGCCUGUGGACGAAGUGGAGAGCUUGAGAAGAAAGAGCACCGAAUUCAAUGAGGUGGUGGUUGGACCCGGAUCAGUUGUGCCGCUGAAUAUAGGCUUAGCUACUCAGCUAGACAUAAGUGCCACCUUUGAAAUAGAUAAAGAGGCACUGGAGGCGACGGUUGAAGACAAUGUGAACUACAAUUGCACCGGUGGUGCUACUGCAAGGGGUGCCAUGGGACCAUUUGGCCUUCUGGUUAUUGCUGAUGAAACACUUUCUGAACAAACACCGGUUUAUUUCUACAUCGCCAAAGACACUGAUGGGAGUGCCAAGACUUGGUUCUGUGCUGAUGAAACAAGAUCAUCAAAGGCUUCCUAUGUUUUCAGAAAAAUUUAUGGAAGCAUAGUCCCUGUGCUUGAUGGUGAAAAAUUCUCCAUGAGAUUAUUGGUUGAUCAUUCCGUUGUGGAGAGCUUUGCUCAAGGAGGGAGAUCAGUCAUCACAUCAAGAGUUUAUCCAACAAGUGCAAUAGAUGGCGCAGCGCGGCUAUUCCUGUUUAACAAUGCCACAGGAUUGAAGGUCACAGCUUCACUCAAGAUUUGGCAAAUGGAUUCAGCUUACAUUCACCCUUUCCCCUUAGAUGAGAUACAAUACUGAGUCCAAACUGUUGUUUUGAUUCCUUUAUUUUUUGUUUGGUUAUGCAGAAAAUAUAAGGAAAAAAAAAAAACACACAUAAUAUCUAGAAUCUUGUGGCAGCCAAACAUGAUAUUGUAUCAUUUCAUUUUUCUGCUGGACUGCCAUUGGAGGCCUAGGCAUGUCCAUUGGCAAUAUCUAUUGUAAUUCAUCUGUAAAAUAGUUUUGAGAUUUUCCUAAUAUGGGUUAUUCUUAAAA